AUGAAGAAACAAAUUACAAACAAAAAACAACCAUCUUUAUUUCCUUCAUUUUGCUUAUAUUCAAAACGGGCUCUUUUAAAUGAAUAUGCGCCCGAAUCUGAAAUUAUACAAUAUUUAUGGCCUUCUUCAAAUACGGAACUAAAAGAACUAUUGCCUAUGUUUGUAGGUGUCCUACAGUCUUUAUUUACUGCUGUUAAUGAUUUACCUUUUAUAGAUGAAGACUCGUCAGAAGAUGACAGUAGUACAGUAGAAGACUAUUUAGAUGAUUCCCCUUUCACAAUUGUUGGUUUAAAUACUAUGAAACUAGUUAACUGGAACAAUAUGCAUGAUCUUGUCACUGAGACUGCCAAUUAUAAAAAUGAUAUAUGCUUAAUGAUUAUAGUCUCAUCUCAAUUAAAAGACUCAACUAUUAUGAAGCAUAUGCAUUCCAUACAACAAGAUCCCAAGCUAGCACUGUCUUCGUCACUUUUGACAUCAGUACAAUUGGGAAAUUUAUUAAAUCCGUUAAUCAAUUACUGGUUUGAUCAUUAA